AUGAUGCUCGUGUCGCGCGUGAUGACGAUAGCCAGGCGAAAUAAGACGUUGAUGACGAGAGCACGGGCGUCUGUGAUCGAUCGGACGCGCUAUGUGGCAACGUAUCCGAGUUUUGUCAAGAUUGUGGAGGUGGGGCCGCGUGACGGACUGCAGAAUGAGAAGACGCUCGUGUCCACGAAGGAUAAGGUGCAGCUCAUUCAGUUGCUCUCGAAGACGGGAUUGCGUGCUAUUGAAGCGACGUCGUUUGUGUCUCCGAAAUGGGUCCCUCAGAUGGCAGACCAUAGCGACGUGUUGAAAAGUAUCGAACAUCAAGCAGGUGUGUCGUAUCCCGUUCUUACACCGAACAUUAAGGGAUUUGACAGUGCUGUCGAGGCAGGAGCGACAGAAGUAGCCAUCUUUGGCGCUGCAUCGGAAGCCUUUAGCAAGAAGAACAUCAACUGCUCGAUUGACGAAAGCUUAGAGCGGUUUCGUCCCGUCUGCGAGAAAGCAAGUCGACUUGGGAUCCGCGUCCGCGGGUAUGUCUCGUGCGUGCUGGGAUGUCCGUACCAAGGAAGCGUUGGACCGAAUGUAGUAGCUGCCAUUGCUCGGGAGAUGCUUGAAAUGGGCUGCUACGAGGUGUCAUUGGGAGAUACGAUUGGUGUUGGCAACCCUGCAUCGACGCUAGCAAUGCUGCAAGCCGCGAAGCAAGUAGUUCCGGUCGAGCAACUUGCCGUACACUUUCACGAUACGUACGGGCAAGCGCUGUCCAACGUCCUCAUCGCGCUGCAGGAGGGCAUUUCGGUCGUGGACAGCUCCGUCGCUGGCCUUGGUGGAUGUCCGUACGCAAGCGGAGCUUCUGGGAAUGUGGCGACAGAGGAUGUGCUGUACAUGGUCCACGGCCUCGGCAUCGAAACGGGCGUGGACCUCAACAAAGUGAUGGCUGCAGGUGCAUUUAUCACCAAUGUACUCGGUCGUCCGACCAACUCGAAAGUCGCUCGCGCGUUGGCACCGAGCGAAAGGAGUCGUCUGUAG